GUGACUUUGCUCAAUUUUACCAGGAUUUGCGCCCACUCAGCUUACCUGCGUAUUUACAGUUAUAAUCAAAUCGAGAUUUAUAAACAUAAGCUCCUGGAAAUGUAAAUUUCUGUAGGAGUGAAUUUUUAUUGUCCUGUGAUAAUUUGCGCCAUGCCAAUUGGUUUCAAUGACCCAAAACCUGCAAACAGUUUUUGAAUUGAGUUCAAAUCAUUGAUAUUAUUUGCAAAAAAAUUAAGUUAUCCGCACAAUGAGCUUACGAUUUCUGUAAUUAUUUCAAAUCUUAAAAAAAAACAGUUGUAAAUCUGAAAAGUCAUGGAAACUAUAGAGCUCAAUAAAUCUGACACAAGCAAUUUGAAGUCCAAAUCAGCCGAUUUUGAAGCGAACAACAAGGUUUCAAAAUCGAAGCGUUUAGGCGACAAAACCGAAAUAAAAUCACCCGAAAGAGAUUCCGCAGAAGAUAAGCAAAAACUUGGCGAAGUAAAAGACGAGGAGUUAUAUGUUAAUGUGAGCAGCAGCAGCAAAAAGAGCAACGAACCCACUUUGUUGACAGUUGAAGAAGACGACGAUGACUUAGAUUAUGAUAUAACACUUACGUCAUCUAACGUGGCUGGUGGUGCAGAUGAGGACGUGUCAUUUGUUUCGGUGGUGGAGCCUUCGCCGAUGGGACUAUGCACCUUAUUUGAGGAAGAAGAUUUGGUCACCAUUGGAGAAAUAGCUCGUUUCUGGAUGCAGAUUCAGAAAACCCAAUCUGAUUCCAACUCCGUCGAAAGCCAAUCAGAAGUAGCUUCCAACAUCAACGAAGCAGUUCUCUGUCUGUGUGAACAAAGUGUGAAAACUCUACUCAAACUCUACCAAACUUGCCCGUUGAGAUUUUUCGCCGACCAAUUGAAAAUCAGUCCCCAUACAUUGUGCAUUACACUUCAGGGUAACGCAGUCGCUCUGGACAUCCAAGUUCAGUCGGGAGGGGGCGACGGUGACUCGUGGGAUUUUUUUGACGCCCCCGAGCGACAUGAUUUGCAACUGCAACAUGAAUUGAUUAACAUUUCGAAUAUUUUCACGAAGCAAGACGAAGAAAAUGCUAUCAGAAAAUUUGCAGCAAGGUGUCACAUUUACUCUCUGGGGCUAACACUGAAGACCAUUUGGGACCUCAGAUUCUUCUCAGUCAAAGAUGAAAAAAAGAAAGACGACAAAGAUCGUGUAGUGUUUGACCUUGAGAAGGAACUGGCUCUGCUGCUGAACAAAAUGUCCCACCACAACGCCCAAAAGAGACCGGAUAGCCUAUAUUACCAGUGUGACCAAUUCGGCAUAAUUAACGCGUGA